AUGCCGCCAAAGGUUUACCCCGCUCCAUUGAUCAUCCCUCCACUAAAUGGAUCGCAUACACAUACCAUCAUCUCACUUCAUGGAAGAGGUAGUAAUGCUGAGCGCUAUGGCUAUGAACUUCUCGAGUCAGCAAACCUACAAGCUCGACUCCUAACAGUGAAAUUCAUCUUCCCCACCGCACGAAAACGGCGGUCAACGAUCCUCAAACGCAUCCCUAUCAAUCAAUGGUUCGACAACUACUCCCUUGAAGACCCUGGAGAAAAAACAGAACUACAAAUAGAGGGACUUUGCGAGACUGCUGAGUUCAUUCGUGGUCUUAUCGCUCAGGAGGCCCAAAUCUUGGGCGAGGGUGGCUAUCGAAUGAUCAUCCUGUGGGGGCUCAGCCAAGGCUGUGCAGCAGGCGUUUUCACGCUUUUGGGUGGCUGGAAUGACUCCAGUGUAGAGAAAGCUUUGGGAGCUUUUAUUGGCAUGAGCGGAUGGCUGCCAUUCGAACAACAGCUGCGUGAUAUCCUCCGAUGUCAUGACAAUCCUGCUUCAAUCCAAGAUGAACAGCAUGAUACACAAUCAGACGAUUCCGACACGGAAGAUGAAGAAAGCUCCGAGCAAGAGGCUGAUAGCGAAGAGAAUUUGGAGGCAUCUGGAGACGCAUACUCUGAUACUGAGUCAAACGACGAUCUAUUCCAACGAAAUAGCUCAUCGCAUGAUGACUUCGACCCUUUUGAGGGAGAUGAGGAAGAAGUAGCACCUCCGAUCAUCCAAGCUGUCAAUCAUAUCCGUGACAUCCUCGACCUUCCAAUUAUCUCUGCAGAAGAAGAAUUAUCACAGGAUGGAUCAUCAAUAAAGGGCUUGCAUCACCUUCAAAUACCUAUCUUUCUAGGUCAUGGCUCAGAAGACCCUAAGGUUUCCAUCAAACUUGGUGAAAAAAUGACCCACGUUCUGUCGACGGGUAUGGGCAUUGACGCGACAUGGAAGGCUUACGAGGGAUUAGGGCAUUGGUAUCGCGUUGAAGAUGAGAUUCAGGAUAUUUUGAAGUUCCUCCAAAGUCGCGUCGGAUUACCAGUUGAACCCGAGUCGUCUGUGGACAAAGGUCAGGAUGAGAAGCAAUGA